AUGCCCUCCGCAAAAAUCCCUGGCGCGUUAUUGAAUCUGUAUGAGACUGAGGGCCAGCCUUGGCAGUGGUCCACCUGGCAGGCAACCACCGGCCUGACGGCGGCCCCCUGGAGUGGUGCGCCUGGGUCUCUGCCCUCUGAGUGGACCCAGGACGAUGCGGCCAAAGUAAAGGCUUUCGUUGCUAACUAUUUAGCGAUUCCAUCGUCGAACUGGAAACGUCGUGCGGCAUACUUGAAGACGAGCGGUAAGCGGGGCAUGAAACGCAAAGAGGCGUUGGACGACGCGUCGGUCAAUUCAGAGACAGACUCGGACGAAGAGGACUCAGACGCUGUUGGCCGUAAAAAGUGGUCACUCACAAAGGCAUUGAGAGUCGCGCUCCUGCAGUUGGCGUCCCAGGAUGAGAUAGAAGCCAUCCGCUCUGAAAUCAUAUCAAUUGUCCACGGUGAACCAGUAGAAAUCCAGGAGCUAAACUUCAACAGGGCGGAGGUUGGCCACUGGAGAGAAGGUGUCGAGGAAUACGCCAAUCUCACUCUGGAUGAGGUAUGGGAUCGACUGGGACUAAGAGACAAGGUCAUACCAGGAUUUGCGACAUUGCAAGAUCCUGACGGCACCUUCGACGCGUGGACAAAACAAGGACAGGCGGUCCUGAAGGGCUCCAAGGCCACUUUGCUGACUCCGCGCUGGCACCAACUUGUCGGACUCUUGAAGCUGCUCGACAACCUGUUCUUGGGCAAACCCAUGCUGCUCAUGGACGAGGUGGGUAUUGGGAAGACAAUGCAGGCGGUGGGUCUGUGCGCGAUGUACGACUAUGCGCGCCAGUACUACGUCGAGCAUGAGUGUUUUCCGGGUCAGUGGGCCAAAGUCAAAUAUCCUCACACCGAGGACGGCAACCUCCCUGAUCGCCCGAUGAUCAUAUCGGUCCCGACGUCACUUGUGUCGCAAUGGACGGAGGAAAUCCAUCGUUAUAUCGCAAAAGGUUCCAUGGAUCUCCUUCCUCACGCAGGGACUUAUAGCCACCGCGGCGACUGGUGGGCCUCGGUAUAUGCAAAGUCGAAGCAUCCACCGUCGCGACAAAUUAUCUUAACGACCCAUUCAGCCAUAGCUUCGGAUUGCGAUGCCGUAUUCCGCAUCAACGACCUAAGGGCGAGGAAGGGACGGAGGCACGGCGACGUCCAGUACAAAGCCACUAUGGGGGAUGACGCGCGCAAGAAAACCUUAUACGGCCACAAGUAUGGCGUAUUCAUCGUCGACGAAGCGCAUGUCAUGCGAUGUAUGGCACAUUGGAUGCCUGUUAGGGAUCGCUAA